AAAAAAAAAAAAAAAAAAAAAAGUAUAGGGUGUGUUCCGUGUGUUGCGCUGAGUCUGGCUGCUGGGAGCUGUGAGGAGAGCGGGCGAGCUGGGAAUCCGCGCCAUGGCUGCAGUGACCUAUGAGGAUGUGCAUGUGAACUUCACCCAUGAAGAGUGGGCUUUGCUGGAUCCUUCUCAGAAGAGUCUCUACAAAGAUGUGAUGCUGGAAACGUGCAGGAACCUCACUGCUGUAGGCUACAAAUUGGAAGACAGCAACAUUGAAGAACACUGUCAACGUUCUAGAGGACCUGGAAGAUACAAGCCUUGUGAGCAUUGGGGACAUGGCAGGAAGCAAUGUACCUUUGCACAUAAGAGUUUUCUUCAGACAUAUGAAAGAAUCCAUAUUGAAGAGAAGCCCUAUGAAUGCAAUCAAUGCAGUAAAGCCUUUGCAAACUUCCGUAGUCUUCAAAAACAUGAAAAAAACCAUACUAGAGUGAAACUCUAUGAAUGUAAUCACUGUGGUAAAGCCUUUCCAAGUCCCAGUUCUCUUCAAAUACAUGAAAGAAUUCAUACAGGAGAGAAACCCUAUGACUGUAAUCAAUGUGGUAAAGCAUUUACAAGUCGAAGUAAUCUUCAGGUACACAAAAGAACUCACACAGGAGAGAAACCCUAUAAUUGUAAUGAAUGUGGUAAAGCAUUUGCAUCUCUCAGUUAUCUUCAAAUACAUGAAAAAAUUCACACUGGAAGUAAACCUUAUGGAUGUGACCUCUGUGGUAAAGCCUUUACCCGGCGCAGUAGUCUUCAAAUGCAUGAAAGAAGUCACACUGGAGAGAAACCUUAUGAAUGUAAUCAUUGUGGUAAAGCCUUUGCUUGUAACAGUGAUCUUCACAGGCAUGAAAUACUUCAUACUGGAGAGAAACCCUACACAUGUAAUCAGUGUGGUAAAGCCUUUGCACGUUGUAGAGGUCUUCGAAAUCAUGAAGAAUAUCAUAUUCUUGAGAAACCACAUAAAUGUACUCUAUGUGGUAAAGCCUUUGCAUAUCACAGUAAUCUUUAUAGACAUGAAAGGUAUCAUACUGGAGAGAAAUUGUACCAAUGUACUCAAUGUGCUAAAGUCUUUACAUGGCGCAGUAGUCUUCAAGUUCAUGAAAGAAGUCACAGUGGAGAGAAACCUUAUGGGUGUAAUCAAUGUGGAAAAGCAUUUCUUCUUCGCAGUAGUCUUCAAAUACACAAAAGAACUCACACUGGAGAGAAACCUUAUGAAUGUAAUCAGUGUGGUAAACCUUUUGCACGUCGCUGUUCUCUUCAAAUACACGAAAGAAGUCAUACUGGAGAGAAACCCUAUGAGUGUAAUCAAUGUGGUAAAGCUUAUGCAAGUGGUAGUAGUCUUCGAAAUCAUGAAAAACGUCAUACUGUUAAGAAACCUUAUGAAUGUAAUCAGUGUGCUAAAGCCUUUUCAUGUCGCAGUCGUCUUCAAAUACAUGAAAGAAAUCAUACUGGAAAGAAACUUUAUGAGUGUGGUCAAUGUGGAAAACCCUUUAAAAGUCAAAAUAGUCUUCAAAUACACAGGAGAACUCAUACUGGAGAGAAACCAUAUAAAUGUACUCAAUGUGGUAAAAACUUUGCAAGUAGCAGUAAUCUGUAUAGACAUGAAAGAAAUCAUACUAGAGAGAAACUGUAUGAAUAAUUACUUUGGUAAAGCAUUUCCAAAUUGGAGUAGUCUUCAUAGUCAUAAAUCUCAUUCUGAAGAGAACCCCUAUUUGAAUAUAAUUGAUUCAGUAAAAGCUUUGGCACAUUAGUGUAA